AUGGCCGGCUCGAACGAUCAAACAACGCGACUGUCCGCACACCAGCCCAAAACGCCACGAGUUACAGUCGACGAGAUAUGGGCCAGAGCGACCAGCCUGGCAGUACUGGAAGGACGCUUCGAUUGGCACUGCACCAGUUGGCUAGGACUCAAACUCAAGCCGUCGACCCGUCGGGGCAUAACGCAGGCUCUGACUUUAGAGGAUAGCAUCAAGCCUGAAACCUCAGACUAUUACGGUCGUCUGUUCCACAACGACAUCUUGCUGCCGGCUUAUACGGAAAUCCAGAAGGUUCCAAUGGACUUUGUGGGAAACUGGGAGCUGUUGAAGCUUGAGUCAGAUGCAGCGAGAAAGGUAGAUCCGAACAAGAAAGUAGCCAACACUCCAAAGUAUGUCCGUAUGCACAAGGACUCCAUCGACUUCGACAUGAUGUGGCAGCAGAUGAAAAUCAACAUCGAGUUUCAUCCGCACCACAGAGACAAGUGGCAUGACGUCUUUCCAGCAUUGGUAUAUAAGUCCUGGUCGCACUCGUGCGCGGCCACGGAGAUGGAGGCAUGGGAACGGAUCACAAAAGACGCCGAAGAUCAGGUCAAUGCUUCGUACCUCCUGCCGGACAAGAUCUACUCCAGUUAUCGCACGGUCUCCUCGUCUCAUGCUUUGGACGUCCUGGAUGCGCCCAAUGGCACUCGCAAGCGUAGCUCUGCAGCGAGCACGAGAGAAGCAGGGGCCGGCACGCAAAGCAAGAGGAUCAAGACGGAGCCAGCCUGA